CCUACACGGCUUAGGCCUUCACCCGCGCUCGUCCACUCGCUGCUGCCCGCGAGCCCCGCACCAUUGUCGGCUUUCCCGCACGUGUGCACUGCCGCUUUUCCUAGGCCCCCUAGGCCUAGGCCUUCAUCCGCGUGUGCUCCCUUCACGCACUCCGCGUUCCCUGUCACUUUGCCACCAAACGCCAACGUGUCCCAGUCAACCUCCGCAGCCUGUUCGCCCAUCGUAUGCUCUUGUGCACCCAACGCCGCGUGCACCACCUCAUCGCGCGCAUCAUGGCCC